CAGAUAUACUUCAAGAUCAUCAUCCCUGCUAGGGUUCAAGCAACAAAUAAGCAACAGAAUCAACAUGAAAUUGGCCUCGCUCGAUAGCAUCCAGAACGCUCACGACGACUCCAUAUGGGCGGCGACGUGGGUCCGCCCCAACGACGGAGCUCCGCCACUUCUCCUCACCGGCGGACUGGACGAGACAGUGCGACUCUGGGACUCAGACAAGUUCACUCGUGUACGAACCAACACUGGCCAUUGCCUUGGCGUCGUUUCCGUGGCUGCCCACCCCACCCGCAGGAUCGCUGCCUCAGCAUCUAUAGAUAGCUUUGUUCGUGUCUUUGAUGUUGAUUCUAACGUAACCAUUGCCACUCUUGAGGCUCCCCCGUCUGAAGUCUGGCAAUUAUCAUUCAAUCCAGAGGGCAGUGCUCUGGCUGCAGCUGGAGGUGGCAGUUUAUCAAUAAAACUAUGGGACACCACUAACUGGCAGCAUAUCUUUGACCUAUCCAUCCCUCGUUCAGAAGUGUCAAAGCCUCAAACUGCUGAAAAAAGCAGCACAAAGAAAUUUGUCCUCUCCGUAGCCUGGAGCCCUGACGGCAGACUGAUAGCCUGUGGUUCAAUGGACGGAACAAUAUCAGUUUUUGACGUCUCACGCGCAAAAUUCCUACACUUCUUGGAGGGACAUUGCAUGCCGGUCCGCUCCCUUGUCUUCUCACCCUCCCUUCAUGACUCCCGGAUGCUGUUCUCUGCCUCUGAUGACGGGCACGUUCACGUGUAUGAUGCGCAGGGUAAGGCUUUAAUCAUGCCUUUAUCUGGUCAUUCAAGUUGGGUUCUGAGCGUUGAUGUUUCUCCUGAUGGGGGAGCCAUUGCGACUGGGUCAAGUGACAAGUCGGUUCGAUUGUGGGAUCUCAAGAUGAGAGCGGCUUCUCAAAUAAUGACGACUCACUCGGACCAGGUGUGGGCGGUGGCUUUUGGACCAUCUGGGAAAACCGACCGGGGGUCUUGUAUGCUUGCUAGUGUGUCAGAUGACAAAAGCAUUGCAUUCUACCUUUACUCCUAAGUGAUUUGCCUUAAUAGUUUGUUUGCUUGUGUCAUUUGAAAAUUUAAUUGAUCCUUUUAGUGCAGUCUCACUAUCAACUUGGAUGUAGUUCCUGCCAAUUGGGUAUCUGGGUGUGUUUUGCUGCCAUUGUUAUAAAAGGAUUUUGUAUUUCGAAUUGAAGGGAGAGAGUUGUACACUUGUAGAGAUAUAUUUCAAUCUUUUGACGCAUGGGUAUUGUUUACUUCAAAGUCCCAACUAACACAGAUUAAUCGUUUUACCACUUUUACUUUGGG